AUGUUGCUGCCGCCACGAGGAGCAGGUGGGAAGGCUCCGGAGUAUCGGAUGUGUCAAGUACAGGAGAUGAAGGAGAUGAAGUUAGGAGAUGAAGUCUAUGUCCCUCUUCUUGACAGACUUGAGACUACUUUAAGCAGGAUGGUAUGGGGACCAGGCUCCCUUUCGAGGAUCAGGCGGGAGGAUGGAGUCUGGGAGCAUGGGACGAGCAGAUGGCCUGUGACUGUCUCCAGUCAUCACCUGAAAGCCAACAGCUGUGAUGUAACCACCGCAUCCUUCAGCGAUGGCUGCCUUUGGUCUGUGGGUGGGACCACGCUGCCGGCUGGAGGGGGAAUCCCGUUGGUGACAACACAGCAGCCUUUUGAGCUGACGCGGCAGCAGAUGCUUCAGACCAGCUCCAAGGCUGACAGCGUCUCUGCGAAGUGUGUGAAGGGACAGCAGGCGUCAGAGCGCUCCUGUAGAUCACCUUCACAGACGCUCUUUGUGGUUGAUUCCCGAUGA